AUAAAACAGUUUGACGCUUUCAUUUCAGAAACCAAGCAGUUCCGAUUUGUAGCUCGAGAAUACUUCACGAGAAUAAUUUACGAGAAUAAUUUUUAUUACGAUUUGUAAAAAAAAAUACAGUAAAAGUAUUAUUAAAUCAGAUUACAUCACACUUAUUUCCUACGAACAUGUCUGGUCGUGGCAACUUAUUGGCUUUGUUCAAAAAAAAAGAUGAGCCUUCCGAAAUUUCGGCUAGUAUUGGCGAUCAAAUUAAGGAUAGCGGCUUGGAUGCUAAUCAAUCGCUAUCAAGCGGCGAGUAUCGGCGUGUUGCCAGGGACAAUGUCGCCAGCGAAUUAGCAACAUCUUUUCAAAAUGUCAACAUCUCAGUUGGACGUGGGCGCGGUCGUGGCCAUUUUUUGCAAACAAUUAUGGCCGGUGGAAUUCAGCCUGUGGAGAGCAUAAAUACCACAGGAUCCUCUAAGGGAAUUGACAUGGGUGCGACUUCAAGCAAAUUCGAAGUGUCUGUGGAAAAAGCAGGUCACAAUCAAAACUUAGUGGCCGAUGCUAAGACUUGCAUUACCAAGCCGGGAUUAUUUUUACCAAAUCAAAUUUAUGGCGUAAAAGGCAACCAGAUUAAUGUGUCAACCAAUUACAUUUGCCUUAACUCUGAUCCCAGCAAGGGAGUCUAUUUGUACGAAGUGCGUUUUAGUCCCAAUGUCGAUUCAAUCCACUUAAGGAUCAAAUACUUAAACGAGCAUAAGGAUAAAUUUGGCGGCACAAAGACCUUUGAUGGUUCCAUAUUAUAUUUACCAAUUUUGCUCAAAGAAAAAUUGACAACGUUUGUUACCAAAACUGCGGAAAAUGGUGAAAUUGAAAUACGUUUGCUAUUCAAGAAGAAAGAGUCCCUCAAGGACUGCAUUCAACUUUACAACAUUCUAUUUGAUCGCAUUAUGCGUACGCUCAAGUAUGUGAAAUUCGAUCGCAAAAACUUUGAUCCCACACAACCAAAAAUAAUACCUAUUGCAAAAUUAGAAGUAUGGCCUGGAUAUGUGACAGCUGUCGACGAAUACGAUGGCGGUUUGAUGCUUUGCUGUGAUGUAUCGCACCGAUUGCUAUGCCAAAAGACCGUGUUGGAAGAGCUCGUUGACAUCUAUCUGCAAAAUAAGAGUUGCUUUCAGGAGCAGGCGAAAAUGUAUUUAUUGGGUAGCAUUAUUAUUACCAGAUAUAAUAAUCGUACAUAUAGAAUUGAUGAUAUCUGCUUUACUGAAAAUCCACAAUCGAUGUUUGAAACACGCAACGGAUCUUGCAGUUAUAUCGAAUAUUACAAGACACAUCACAAUAUUAAUAUCAAAGACAUCAAACAGCCGUUAUUGAUAAGCAAAAAACAACAGAAAUAUGAAAAAAAUGCGAGCAAAGAUAAAGAUGAAAUACGUUAUUCUUUAAUACCCGAACUAUGCUAUUUGACUGGCAUCCAUGAUAAUAUGCGUGCUGAUAAAAAACUUAUGCGAGACAUUGCAGCAGUUACGCGAGUUACGCCAAAUCAACGGAUCUUGGCUUUAGAGAAGUACGUGAAAAAUGUGAAUAAAAAUGUCGAGGCAAAGCAGAUUCUUGCCAAUUGGGGAUUGACGCUAGCCAAUAACAACGUCAGCGUCGUUGGCCGCAAACUACUUGACGAGCAAAUAUAUUUUGCGAAUAAAACCGUAUCAGCCGGUCCAAAUGCUGAUUUUUCGCGAGAUGCAACCAACAGUGAAUUACUCGAUGUUGUUCACAUAGAUAAUUGGCUUUUGAUAUAUCACAAAAACGAUUUCAGUGCUUGCAAUUCAUUCAUGAAACAUAUGGAGACAUGUUGUGCCGCAUUUGGUAUGCGCAUAAAUAAACCAAAGAAAUUGACAUUGGAUCAUGAUCGCAUAGACUCUUAUGUGGAUGCUCUACGUCGCAACAUCGUCAGUGAAACUCAAAUAGUUGUUUGUAUUUGUCCCACCAGCAAAGACGACAGAUACUCGGCGAUUAAAAAGAUUUGUUGUGCUGAAUUACCUGUCGCCUCACAGAUAAUCAACGCCAGAACAUUGUUGAAUGAUGGCAAGAAUCGCUCGAUAGUCCAAAAGAUUAUAUUACAAAUGAACUGCAAAUUGGGCGGUUCCUUGUGGUCUGUGAAAAUUCCAUUCCAAAAAGUUAUGAUUUGUGGCAUCGAUUCGUAUCAUGAUCCCAGCCAAAAGAGCAGCUCUGUAGCGGCAUUUGUCGCUUCGUUAAACGCAACCUAUACGCAGUGGUAUAGCAAGGCGGUUGUGCAAACCAAACGAGAAGAGUUGGUUAAUGGUCUAACUUCGGCUUUUGAGUGUGCUCUGAAGAGCUAUAAGCGGCGCAAUGGUUACCUUCCGGACAGUGUUAUAAUUUACAGAGAUGGCGUUGGGGAUGGUCAACUAAAUCUAUGCUCCAUGUUUGAGAUUCCCCAAUUCGAGGCUAUUAGUGGCAAAAAUAUAAAAAUAACGUUUAUAGUUGUCCAGAAGCGUAUAAAUACGCGAUUCUUUACGGGAAGUAACAACAAUUACACAAAUCCAUCGCCGGGAACCGUAGUUGACAAGGGCAUAACACGAGCUCAAAUGUAUGAUUUCUUCUUGGUUUCCCAAUCGGUCCGACAAGGAACUGUAAGCCCAACUCAUUUCGUUGUGCUACGAGACGAUUCAAAUUACGGACCAGAUAUAAUACAAAAAUUAAGCUACAAGCUAUGCUUUUUAUAUUAUAAUUGGCCUGGAACUGUUCGCAUUCCAGCGUGCUGCAUGUACGCUCAUAAGAUGGCUUUCUUGAUUGGCCAAAGCGUUCAGCGUAAUACAUCGGCUAUUCUUGCAGAGAAAUUAUUUUAUUUAUAAGAAUUCAGUUUAAACUUGUUUAUUUAUCAUAACCAUAUAAUCUAUCAUCUAAUCACUAAACUAAGAUACACAAGUAACAUA